GAAUGAGGUCAAGCAGUCCACUUAAUGCAAAAAGAAGUUAACUCCACAAGCUGAUCUUGUUUGUGGAUCCUUAACUCAAAAGUACACUUUUUAGAUGAAGAUUGUGUAGAAAUUAAACUUUCGUUUGGUUGCUUUACCUAUUAUUGUUAAUGGUUGUAUUUUGGUUAAUGUCUUUCGUUAUAAUUUUUUUCUCAAACUUCUCGGCAACAACUUACGAAUUACUAUAUAUUGUUGUGGUCUACUUCUCAUAUUUGUGAUAGUAACAUCUAAACAAUAAAAAAUAAUAAUUUAAUUACAAUAAAAGCCAGAGACCAUUGGUCCAUUCCCACGUUAGUAUUUUAUAAACUCCAAUCGUUACUCCGAGCAGCCAACAAGAGAGUAGAAAAACGAAUAAGAGAAUCAUAGAUGAACCAAACCGAAAGCUCCGUAGGAACUAAUAACACCAAACCGGCCCUAACCGGAUCAACGUCCGCCGUACCGGAAUGGACAACCGAGACCAUCAAUGGUGGAUCAUUCCGCCAAGUAGAUCUCCAUACCGGAACCAACGGCUGGGCCUCGCCUCCAGGCAACGUCUUCUCUCUCCGCUCCACUAACUAUUUCACCAAAAAACAAAAAUCUCCCGGCGGAGACUACCUCCUCUCUCCCGCCGGCGUUGACUGGCUCAAAUCCACUAUAAAACUCGACAACAUCAUGUCCCGUCCCGCCAACCGUGUGGCCCACGCGCUCAGAAAAGCCCAGUCACGUGGCGAGUCGCAAAACAGCUUCAUCUUCGCUGUGAACUGCGAACUUUCAGGCAAGGAGCACUACCACUUGGUGUUAUACUUCGCGACGGAAGAGCCUCUUCCCUCAGACUCCCCCCUCCAACGUUUCAUCGACGGAGACGACACGUACCGUAACCAGAGAUUCAAGAUAGUGAGCCAAGUCGUGAAAGGUCCUUGGGUGGUUAAAGCGGCGGCAGGGCAGUUCGGGGCGUUUCUUGUCGGUAAGACCGUGAAGUGUAACUAUUAUAAAGGGUCUAACUACUUUGAGAUCGAUGUGGAUACAGGUAGCUCGGCGAUCAUGUCUGCGGUUGUACGGCUUCUGUUGGGGUAUACCAAGAACUUUAUGGCCGAUAUAGGCUUUGUUAUCGAGGCAAAAGGAGAGGAUGAGCUGCCGGAGAGACUGAUCGGGGGUGCUAGCAGGGCCGGCUUACAAGGGGGGACAAGCAGUGCGACCGCCAGUGGCGGAGCCAGCAAAAAAAUUCACUGGGGGCAAAUAAUAAUUAUUAAAAAAAUAUUAUUAAAUAAUAAUUAAAUUAUCUUAUAAAUGCAUUGUGUCCACUAUAUAAAUUCAUUAUACCAUAUAUUUAAUUAUGUGUAAAAACGUUUUUAAAAAGUGUUGUUUAUUAUUAAAAAAAAUAGAAGAAAAUUUUAAAAAAUAAAAACAUGUCUUUUUCAUGGUAUGACAAUUACAAAUACAAAUACACACAUAUAUAUAUAUGAUAAAAGAGGUUUUCUUUAAAAAAAUAUGAGACUUAAAAUGAUGGAAAGAAUAAUAUUUAUUAAUUUGAUGUUUACUAAAACCAUCAAGCAAAUUAUUGUUGAAGAAAGAAAAUCGGUUUCUUUAUAGAAAAAUGGAAAUAUUGGUUUAAUGUUUGCAAACCAAAUAAGGCAACAUGAUAAUGCAACACAUGUAUUAAAUGGCGUUUAAAAUGGAAAUAAUGGAGGAUUUAAACUGAAUUUUUCGAAUUGAUUAUGUUAGGGAAGGGGGCAAUAAAUAUUUGUCAGUGGGGACAAUCAAAUUUUCUUCUUAGCAUUUAAAGGAAACUUUAGAUUUUAUGGGGGGCAACUGCCCCCUACUUACCUUAUGUAGCUCCGCCCCUGGCGACCGCCCCGGGUCCGAGUCCGUGUCCCUCCUUGUAAUGAUAAAUAAGGGGCCCAAUUUUUUAUAAAUCUAUAUUUUUAUAUAUAAAAAAAAUUAUAAAUACAAUAAAUAAAAUUGAAAAGGGCCCAAAAUUAUUUGAUAUGUAUAUAGUUUUAUUUUCAUUACAAAAUAUACAAAAUAUUAUUGAUUAAAUUUUAAAAAUAUUUUAAAUAUUAUCUUUAUAUAAAUUUUAGAGAGUAAAAAAUUUUUUUUUGCCCUAGGGCCCCUAUCAGUGUUGAGCCGGCCCUGGGUGCUAGAGUGUGUCAUAUGGACACAUCGUCGGCGUUUGUGGUCGGAGAGAAGCCGUUGGGACCGUGUAGAAUGUUGGGUUCGGUGGAAGCAAGCUACCAGGACAAGAACACGAACUGAAUGUCAACGACGUACGAUUACUAGAACCGAUCUUUUUUGUUUUCUUUUGAAACUUACUAGAUCCGAUCUUGACAACACUAAAAACCAUUUCAUCAAUCUCAAUGCAGUUUUAAACUUUAUUUAUUCUAUAGAGUGUUUUGACUUUUGAUUUUUUUUUUUUUUGGUCGAAGACUUUUGAAUGUUUUACUUUUAAUCAAGAUUAUCUGUUUUACAUCCAAUGGGUUGAUUUUGUUGCGGUGCACCUAUUUGCACGUAGCGUGUAGG